AUGGCAAGGGCGAGAUGGUUGGUGGUGGCGGCGAUGGCGGCGAUGGCGAUCCUCGGGCACAGCACGAGAGCUGCUGAAUGUUACGACAAGCCGGGAUGGCACAGCCCGCAGAACGACUUGGUGACAUGCUCGUGGUUUGCGGCGCCUCCAAAGAACGACGAGUACAACAAGUGCUCCACCUUCAACCGAGCCUUCGACGUGUACGAUGGGCACACGGCGAGCUCAGCAUGCUGUACAUGUGGUGGAGGUUGUAGACCGGCAAUCCUGACAGGAAAUGAUCCAUCGUGUAACGUCUCGUGGGUGUACACUGGCACCGUGUAGCGAUACCGCAGAUGUCACCUGUGCACAAUGUAGACAGCGCCAGUACACGACUGGUUGAUUGGCGUUACUAGGAUACUAUGCUGUUUCCUUCCCUCCUUGGGAGAUCAACCUUCACCCCCCCUCUCUUAACGUUUCUGCAAACGAAUGCUGUGUCAAUAACUGUACAAUAAACUCUUUCUUUACCAAG